GUUGUAGCAUGCUGUGUGUCCUCAAAGUGCACUGAAGUCAAUUCUCUCCACAAGGGGAGAGGCCGGCCGACUUGUCAAUGCCUUUAGUUUAUAGGAUUAACUAAGCAAUCCACGAACUCGAGCAACCAGACCCUUAAAUUCAAUGGAGAAAGUGCUGCAUGCCCUCUCCUUUCCAUUUUGAAUUGAGAAAUGGAUAGCCCGGUGGGAUUGCACCUUCACAUGUAAAGGGUUGCCUAGCUACUGGGUCUUUCACAAGGUCUGCCAGCCCAAGGUUAGUUUUAUUGUAUUCUGCUACUUGGAAAGGAUUCAUCUCUUCUCUGUGCUCUUGGUGGAGAGGAAGACUGCGUGACUGAGAUAAGGGUAGGUUAUCCACACGGAUUUCAUGGACCCUGAGAGAUUCACUCUUCGCUUCAUUCUCAUCUUGGCAUCACUUAUUGCAGUUUCAUCUGCAGAUGGGCACCAGAGGUUUUUCAAUAAAUAUGCAGUACGUAUGGAAUCCACAAUGAAGGAGCCUGCAUUUAAAGUUGUGCACCAUGAACAAGCCUUUGUUGCCCAUAACAGAGUUCUCAAAGUCAAUACAAAUGACUAUGGUAGAUAUGAUCCUCCCCCAUCUCUUGACAAGCCUCCUUCCAAACUCAUACCGAACUAAUGUUGCUCUUCCCCUUGGCCCACAACUGUAAAAUAAUCCAGUGUGUUAUGCUAUCUUUAUGGGUACUUGGAAAGGGAUGCUUCUCCUUAUAUAUAUAUAUACACACACAUAAGUUAAGCAGUCGGUCAGAAAAAGGUACAGCACUCCUUGUAAUAUAAUUCUCUCAUGAUGGUGAAUAAACCCAGUGUUUCUCCAUGUUACCAUAAUAUGGCAUGAUCGUAUGAUCAAUAAGCCUGGACCAUUAUAUAUUAAAUCUUUCUGUUACUCGAGAAGAUUAGAAUUUA